AUGGACUCGCAAUCACCUCGACGCGAGAAAAGACGACGAACAGAUCGUGUCUCGGCUGCUUGUGACUUUUGUAAAGUACGCAAAGUGAAGUGCGACGGCUCUUUGCCUUGUGGCUAUUGUCAACGGAAGAAACGUGCAGAUACGUGCACCUUCUCGGGGCCGAAGCAGAAGCAGGCGCAUUCCACUGCAAACACGCCAGCUCACAAUGACCGGACGCCUGAUGGACGGAGCACGUCACAGCCACCACGUGCCAGGCAACGGAGCGAUCCUACAUCCCUCCGACAGAGGCUUCAGGGCGACGAGGAGAUAGCUCGCAUUGGACCUUCGCUAUCCCCCACGAUCAGCAGGGACGAUCAUCACGAAGACACUGAAGUACCUCUAGAAGCGCGACUUCUUCGCGACGCGCAAGGCAAAGUCAUCUUCAUCGGAGACUGUGCUCCACUGUCGUUUUUACAGACUGUCAGACAUUUGAUCGCAAGUGAGGUCGAUCCCAACGGUAUCUCAAAUCAGCUAUCAAGAGAUUCGAUUGUCGAGGUCGCAGCUCUCAGACCAUCGACAGCUGCACCGGAUGGCGUCGCACACAUACUUCCGCACGAGGUACGCGGACUCAUGACAGCAUAUUCCAUCGCCACCUGUGGGCUGGUGGAUCUCUUCGACAGGAAUCAGCUGGAAGCUGAGCUAAGUUCAUGGACGAAUGGCGAUCGUCCGACCAUUGCUGCUGCCUCACGAGCUGUUUAUUAUCUGGUUGCAGCGAUCGGGGUACAAGAAACUGACGCUGCCAAAGCAGACCUUUGGUUCGGUCAUGCUAAGGACUUGCUCUUAAGCAACCUCACAAGCAGCAUGAGUGUUGCAACAGUGCAAGGCUUUGCGCUGAUCGCAGUCCAUAUGCUCCGAGCCUUCCAGCCCAAUGGAGCCUAUCUGUACUUCUCCCUGGCCGCUCGGACUUCAUAUGCCAUUGGUUUACACAGGACAGAAGUGAACGCUUCCACAGCAAUGCCCGGAGAAAGAGACAGAAUCUGGAAGAGCCUCCGGGUCGUAGACAUGCUCAUCAGCAACAUGCUUGGUCGUCCACCAUCCACUUCGGACGUCGAUUGCACAGUCAAGUACAGCAGCUCACAGGACCUGGCCGACAAGGAUGCUCAUAUAUUCCUCGAUGCGAGCGUGCAAAUUUUCAUGAUCAUCGAGCGUGUCGUCGUGGAAGUCUACUCGAGAAAGCGUAUCUCCCUGCGAAUUGCCAAUUUCGUGUCACAGCAACUAAAAGGAUGGGCUGGUCAGUGGGUUCGCCAGCUCAUGAGCAUCGUCGAUUCCUGCAGUAUGGAGUCAAUGGACCAGGAGAGUAUCGUCGGUGCAUGUCAGACACUUUCGUCCUACUACUAUAGCAUCAUGCUAUUGACACGACCUUUCUUGAUCUAUGAGCUGUACGAGUAUCUUGGAGCAACACUACGAGGGCAAAGCUCCCGGGCAGAGAAUCAGCAGAAGAAGAAAUUCGCGGAUGCCGCCCUAGAUGCCGCAGCUGCAUUUGUUGAUGUGUUGCGCAAAGUUUUGGCGACUGGCAAAAUGCCGUACAGAAUGCCUCUCGUCGUGUCUUGGCUCUUCACCGCAGCUCUUGUUCUAGCUGUGGGCAUAGUCGGCCGAUCUGGACUGAUGUUCGAGGAGAACUGCAACACCUCGAUUGAAUGUCUGGACUUCUUCGCCAGCAUCGAUCCUCACGCUCAACAGUAUGCUGCGACGGCUAGAGCAAUUCUGAAGACGACGGUGAACCACGUGAAGAAUCGUGAGAAGCAUCUUCAUCUCCAACGCAAGCAAGCGUCUUCGGAGCUGUUCGGUCUACUAUCUGAAGAUGCAGUCGAGCCAGAUGCUCGAAGUGAGCCCGUGCAGAACACCGCCCAUGGGCAGCGUGAGUCCCCGGAAGCUCUGAGACAAGAGAGUACAGGUGCUCCGCCCGAGGGCGCCUGGACGUACUACGAUGCCGACUUCUUCGCCCUUCCGUGGCUCAAUGAGAAUGACCAAGGCCUUCAGGAUUUCCUCCAGCCCGGGCGACAAACCCUCGACGGAUCGCUGGCCGAUAUUCCUCUCUUCCCGAUGUACGACCACAUGUCUGGUCCCCUUGAGUAG